CUCAACCACUUUUCCCUUGCAAAUCUGCAACUGCAAUGCCCAUUUUCGCCACCAAACACGCUCUCUUUAAGCUAACCAUCGCGCCCCCCGUUCUCUUAGCACGUACACUUGCACACACUCUGCAAACUGAAGGUGCCGGACUAGUAGCUCCGUGUCACUGUCACCAACCAGAGCCAGAGCCAUGGGGGCCAGCCUGAGCCUGGUGCCGGUGCUCGACUACUUCGCCCGCCGCGAGUGCCUGCGCGCCGGCCUCCACCAGAACGCCGUCACGCUCCCGUACCCCGACGGCGGCGCCGGGGCGACCUGCACCGUCCAGUACUGGGCUCCGCAGGGGGAGCCUGAGCUCCCGCCGCUCCUGCUGGUCCACGGCUUCGGGCCCCGGGCCGACUGGCAGUGGCGCUGCCAGGUGGGGCCGCUCUCGCGCCACUUCCACGUCAUCAUCCCCGACCUCCUGGGCUUCGGCGGCAGCGCGUACCCGUCCGAGACGGCGCCGCCGCCGACGGAGGCGACGCAGGCCGCGGUGCUGGCGGCGCUGCUGGGCGCGCUGCCCGGGAUGGAGCGCCGGCGCGUGGCCGUGGCGGGCACCAGCUACGGCGGGUUCGUGGCGUACUGGCUGGCCCGCGAGGCGGGGCCCGCCAGGGUCGGCCCCGUGGUGAUCGCCAGCUCCGACCUGCUCAAGACGGCUGCCGACGACAGGGCGUUCCUGAAGCGCGCCGGCGAAGGGUGGGGCGGCGUGGACGAGAUCCUCCUCCCCGCCGAGCCCGCCGCGCUGCGGAAGCUCCUGGAGCUGGCCUCCUGCCGCCCGCCGCCGCGGCUGGUGACGCCGGACUUCCUGCUCCGUGACUUCAUCCAGAAACUCUUCACGCAGAACAGGGAGCGGCUUGUCCAUCUGCUGAAGGGGAUUACGGUCGGGACAGAGAAGUUCCAAGUGACGCCAAUAUCUCAGGAAGUGCUGAUUGUAUGGGGAGACCACGACCAGCUGUUCCCGGUGGAGAAGGCGUUUGCGGUUCAGAGGGCUCUGAACGGGACCGCUAGGCUGGAGGUGAUACCGAAGACAGGCCACGCUCCUCAGCUGGAGGAUCCGGCUCGCUUCAACAAGGUCAUGCUGGACUUCUUGCUGGCUUCUCACAAGCCUGACCCCUCGGUUAGUGGUAGCGCGCAAUAAUUUACCAAGGUGCAUUGGCGAUUGGUCAGUGGUAGCCGACUCGAUUGUUUGUAAUAAGAUCGCUGGACAGGUUCAGUUCAUUCCAUUAAAUCAAUGGUAAAUUUCAAAAAGGAAAAAAA